GGCGCGAUGACAAGCACAAACAGGUGCGCAGAUGCAACUCGUACAGAACAGGUGAUACGACUGAUGUCUCGUGAUUCGUAUGAGAGAACCUUACGGUUCUAAUGAGUUACGAUUGAUAUAGAUAAAGAUUGCAUACAUAUAAAGAUUGAUUUUAAUAAAAUUGAAAUGAUGACGAACUACAGAUAAAGUCAUUUCUUAAGGUGCUUCACGUACCUGAUAUUUUUUUCGAUUCCAAUGAAGAAUGGCAUUUCCUCCGCUAGUUAGUUCUACACCUCCUCCUUUAGAUACUUUUGGAGAUUCUGAAGAAGAUGAAUUUGGUGAUUUUACAACUGGAGGCAUAGAUGGGUUAUCUGUAUCAUCAGAUUCACCACAUAAACUUAUUACACCAAUUCAAACACCUUUAACAUCACAAAAUACUUCACCAAAAGUAAAUGGUAUUUCAGAAAAUCCUAAAAAUUCACAAACAAUUAUUCCAAUUGUUCCAAAACAAAUAAUUACAGAAGAUCUUCUAAUACUUGAAAAAAUUAAUGAUACUGUAAAUAAAAUCAAACUCAAAACAGAAAUUGAAAAUUUUGAUGAAAUAAUAGAAGAUAAUAGUAAAAAAAACUUGGAAAAUGUAAACAAUAAUAAUAAGGAAGUUAUUAUAGAAAGAAAGGUUUCUAAUGGAAUUAAUUUAUCUAAGGAAAGCAAUAAUUUUAGAGAAAGCGAACAAGAAACCUCUGUCAAUAAUUUAGAAAAUAUAGAACCUUUAUCUUUAGAUUUAGAAGAUCCGAGUAUUGCUCCUGAUAUAAUACAAUCAAUAAAUGAUGAUUUUUUUAAUUAUGAACAGUUUGUGGCUUCAAAAAAUUGGAUCUCUAAGAGUGAUACAUCUAUUUCAAAAACUGAUUACUUUAAAUUCCAAGAUACUUUGAGUAAUGUAAAUAAUUUAAAUAAAGAUUUUAAUAUAGAAAUUAAAAAAGAUUCAAAUUUGAAUUUGGAAAAUAUUAUUGAAAAGUCAAUAUUGGAAGAUAAGUGUGUACAAAAUAUAGAUAUAUCCAACAAAACAGAUGAUUUUACAUUUGAAGUUAAUAAUUCAAAAUUUGAUGAUUCAAAGAAUGAGUUUUCUCAGAGUAAUCAAAUAGAAAAUGAAAUUGCUAAAGAUCUUCACUUUUCUCAAAAUAAAGAUAUUAAAAUUGGAAAUGAUUUUUUAUCUUCUACAUCACUGCCAGAUAUUUCUAAGUGUUCUAAUGAAGAAUUUGGUAACUUCAAGUAUGAUUCUAUAUUGGAAUCCUCUAUUACUAUGAGUCAGGAAUUUUCAGAAAAUACUGUAGAAAUUAAUGAAAAAAAAGAAGAAACGCUUCAAGAUGAUGAUUUUGGUGAUUUUACCAAUUUUUCUGAAUAUACACAAUUUAAAGAACUUGGUCAAACAAAUGUAUCUGAUAUAAAAAAUGAUGAUGAUGAUUUUGGAGAUUUUAAUGAUUUUGAAACAGCAUUUGAACAGUCUAUAAUAGAGCAAUCACAAAUCAAUAUAAGAGACUCAAUUUGUCGAAUAGAAAAUAAAAGUGCUGCUAACAAAAUAGAAGACAUAAUAACUACAAUGUUCUCUGUGGAAUUGGAACAAUGUGAAAUUGAAAUACAGUCAUUGAUAAAUAAGACAGAUAAAGUUUGGGAAAGUAUAAAAAAUGUUGAAGAAACAAAUGCUUUGACAUAUCAAUGGGCAAACAGUUCCAGUAAUAAUAUACUUUUAAAUUCUCUUGGCAUUGAUUCUCGCAAUAUUUUAUUUGGACCAAGAUGGAAUCCCAAUGUUCCAAGAUUUGCUGCAAAUCUUGGUUUUACUCCACUAGAACCAAUUAAAGCUAUAAUUGAUCCUCAACCAGUUGCUUUGUCAAAUACCAAUAAAAUUCCAGUUUCAAAUAAUUCAGAAGAAGUACCUGCAGCUCAAUUCGAUUGGAAUAGUUCUGGGCUUGUUAAUCCUUUAGAAGCUAGUGGUGGGUUAUCUGCUCUUCUACCUCUGGACUUUUUAUGUCCUUUUGAUCCUCUAUUAACAUCCCAUAACUCCACCAAUUCUGAAUCCUAUCGUCGACCGAGUAGUGCAAGGAAUCCUAUUAAUCAUCAUAUCCCAGAAAUAAAUCGGGAACGGUGCAAUUCAACAUCAAAAGUGGAAAUGAUAGAUUCUUUGGAAAGUGAUAUUGCAAAAUUACAAAAAUGUCCACAAUCUUCAAAAAUGAUCGAGCCUUUGCCAACCCCUCGUGCAUCAGAAUGGAAGAAAAAAACUGAAUUUGAUAUAGGACAUAAACAAAAAAGUAUUCAAAGAAAUAUUCCAUUGGAGAAACAAUCAAUGGAAAAGCAAUUUCUAUCAACAAUCGAGAAACAGUAUGCGUCUGAAAAACAAUUUGUACCAAUUGAAAAACAGUUUCUAUCAAAUGAUAAGCAAUAUUUAUCUUCUGAUAAAUCAAUUUUGGGAGACAUUUAUCGCGGAAAGUUCGCGAAUAAGAGAUCUGGAUCUGAACACGUGGUUAUGGAUAGAUUUGGUCGAGUAAUGCCGAUUCAGUCAGAAACAGCAAGAGUAUUAAAUCAUUUACCAGAUCUUUCAUUUCUCAGCGCUAGAACUUUAAUGCUUGAUCGGGAAAAUAAGCAGAUUGCUUGUGAAAUGAGUAUUAUAAAUCGUAAAAUGCCUGGCUGAGUAACGUCGGUCUGAGCGCGAGUUUGAAAGGUCAGAACAUUCAAUAGAUCUCUUUUUGUCCUGUGGACAAAAUUAUAAAGAUGUAGAAAUGAAGGAAAAAAAAACGUUCCGUUAACCUUUCAAACCCACGCUUGGGCCGAUCUUUAAUCCUAAUCUAUUUCCUCAUGAAGAAAGAAA